CUACGCAGCAAGCGCACGCCAGGCACGAGGCUCCCUACUCCUCCCCUCUCCUACUCAAGCUUUUUGCUGGGCUCCCAUCCAAAGAUUGACUGACUCCAGAGGAGUAGACGCACUAUAGCAGCUCUGACUCUGCUUGCCUGCCCUCCUGCCUGCUGGGACAGACAAACGCAAUGAGAUUUUAUUGAUCACCUGUGUGGGAUUCCUUUUUCCCCCCUUCCUUUGAGAUCAGAAAGAGUGCAUCCGACUCAACAGACAGACAAACAGAAGGACUAACAUAUGGAGAGCAGUGGGCACUGCGGCGUGAAGGUAGCAACUGGACCUCUCUUCUCCCUAGUUACUAAGAGCAAGCAAGAAUAAUAGUCAGUGCGUUAUCCUGUCUACCAAGCUUGUGGGUGGAUGCUGCUUCCAACAGACUGCUAUAAGGGAGAGCAGAGACUGCAUGGAAGCAGCACAAGCUGUGAUGAUGAUCCAAAAAUGGACCUUCAAGUAGACUAAUUUCGGAGGGUUUUCAUUUAGAGCAACCCUCAUUCAUACUUUUAUUCUGGGAUAGAACGAAAAAAGUGAAACCAGUCUUUUUGUUGCUGCUCAGGCUUUCUUUGUUAAUGAGUGCAGAGUGUUCUGAAAAGGAUGGAAGACUACUUGAGGAUUCGCUUUUUGGCACUGAUGAUGAUGUAUUUGGUUGAGAGCACAGUUAACACGGCAACCAGCGUUUAUCCAAGAAUACGGCUCUCACAUAAAGAGCUUUGGCAGCUGAACAGGACCUGGGUGUUUCAGGGCCAGGGAGUGCCUCUUCAACCCCAGACCAUGCUGCUGGAUGAGGGCCAUGAGAGGCUUUAUGUUGGGGCCAAGAAUACUUUGUUCUCCCUCAGGCUGGACCAGGUUAACACACACUACAAAGAGAUCCACUGGGCCAGUACUGAACCUCAAAUAGAAGAAUGCUUGAUGAAGGGAAGGGAAAAAAUGGAAUGCGCAAACUACAUCAAGGUCUUGCAGCAGUACAACCAGACCCAUCUAUUGGUCUGUGGAACAGGGGCUUUUAACCCCGUCUGUGCGUUGGUACAAGUGGGAAACACAGGGAAGGAUAAGCUGUUUGUGCUUGAAGAGGAGAGUGUUGCAAGUGGCCGAGGACGAUGUCCUUUCAAUCCCCACAGUCCCUGCACAUCCACACUCACAGGUGGAGAGAUGUAUGUGGGCCUCUAUACAGACUAUUGGGAGAAUGAUGCUGCUUUGUGUCGACUUAACAACCGCACCUACACACGUACUGAAAGAGACGACAGGCAACAACUUAAUGAACCCAGAUUUGUGGGCUCAGCGGUUAUCCCUGACAACGACGACAAAGAUGACGACAAAGUUUACUUCUUCUUCACUGAACGCGAGGUGGAUGCUGAGGGGGUCAACAAGGCCGUCUACACUCGCGUCGGACGAGUCUGUGCUAAUGAUCAAGGAGGACAGAGGAUGCUGGUAAAUAGAUGGAGCUCCUUUCUAAAAACGCGUCUCAUCUGCUCUGUGGCUGGACCUGAUGGCAUUGAUACUCACUUUGAUUUACUUGAGGAUGUCUACGUAUUGAAGAACAAAGAUGGGAAAAACCCAGAAAUCUUUGGCCUUUUUAGCACAACAAGUGCGGUGUUUAAAGGCUAUGCGGUGUGUGUCUAUCACAUGGAUGACAUCAGAGCAGCGUUUAACGGUCCGUUUGCCUUCCGAGAGAGACCAGAGCAUCACUGGACACCUUCUGAAGAUAGAGUACCCUACCCACGGCCUGGAUCUUGUGCCAGCAAAGUGAACGGAGGAGGCUUCUCCAGCUCCAAAGAGUUUCCAGAUGAAGUUUUGCGGUUCGUGCGCUCUCACCCUGUGAUGUAUCGUCCCGUUCUACCGCAACAUCAGAGGCCGGCCUUCCUGCAGACAGAGCCAAGCAGCAGAAAGUUGACCCAGAUUGCAGUUGACAGAGUCCAAGCUCAGGAUGGACACUACCAUGUUCUUUAUAUAGGCACAGAUGACUCUAUGGUGUUAAAAGUAAUCACGAUCUACAACAAAGACUCUGACACUAUGGAAGAAGUGCUGCUGGAGGAGCUGCAAGUAUUUAAGGUUCCCGCUCCAAUAAAAGAGAUCAUUAUAUCACCUAAAAGGCAACACUUGUAUGUGGGGUCAGACGUGGGUGUGGCCCAGGUCAAACUGCAUCAGUGUGACCUCUAUGGCUCAGAAUGUGCUGAUUGUUGUUUGGCUAGAGACCCCUAUUGUGCUUGGGACGGCCUCACCUGCUCCAGAUACUACCCUGCUGGAGCCUACACCAAGAGCAGACGAUUCAGGCGGCAGGAUGUUCGCCAUGGCAACGCCGUCCAGCUGUGCAAUGGGCUACAAAUCGAUGAUGAACAAUGGCACAAAGCUGAGGAGAAAAUUGUGUUUGGUGUAGAGGGCAACAGCACUUUGAUCAAAUGUGUGCCUCGAUCGCUUCAGGCCAAGGUGCUGUGGUUCUUACAAAAAGAACAAGGCAAACAAGAGGUUCAUGAAGAUGAGCGGGUCAUCUCGACCUCGCACGGGCUGCUUCUGUUAAGCGUGAGAAGUUCUGAUGCCGGUGUGUAUGUGUGCCAGACUGUAGAACACGGAUAUGUGCACACGUUAUUGCGCGUCACUCUUCAUGUACUCAGAGGAGAGAUGUUGGGGUCAGCGAUCCACAGCAGCAAUGGUCAAGGAGACAAAGCUGGAUCCUCAUGCCAUUCCCACAUCAACCAACCCCCAGCGGGCCCGAGCAUCACUCCCAGGACUCUGGUGCCACCCUCCCCCAAUUCCAAGCAAUGGUACAAAGAGUUCCUUCAGCUGAUUGGCUACAGGGAUGCCCAGAGAGUGGAAGAGUACUGCGAGAGAGUAUGGUGCCCUGAUAAGAAACGCAAAAAGACCAAGAAGAAGUUUGUUGCCUCAAGUGGUGAGAAGAGAGGUAAAGGGAAGGGAGAGGAGGGACUCCAUCGAGCCCCCAGGCACACUUUUGACACCUGAGCACACUAUACAGAUCAAAGGUCAUUGCUUUGAGUCUGUUCUUGAAAGAAUUUAGCGGGAUUUUGUACAAAAAGUUGUAAAUAGUAGGAGGAUACUCAAAAAAUUCAAAUAAAAAGGCAUAAAUCAUGAAAAUGAUGAGCAAUUUUGUCACAAAGUUAAAUGUUUGGAGUGGGAAAACAGUCCAGUUCAAAUGACUUUUCGUAGAUUUCCUAUUAAAAUCUAGUGACAAAACUGGUUUUCAAUAAGCACUCAUUUAUUGGUAGCUAUUCAAUUUUAGACUUUUAGUUUGACAAUGCUUUAAAAUGAAGCACUUGCCUUUUUGUCCACUGCGUGGUGUCCGAAGCGAUGGCGCAAACUGACAAAACGAGGCCCUGCUUGGAGCUGGGCGAGAGAUUAGGUGACGACGAGGACAUUGAUCUGUGGAGACGAAACACACUGUAAAUACAAGCUCCUGUGGACCGACCCCAUCAAGGCGGCCGUCGAUCAGAACGCACUCUGCGAUCUCUUCCAACUGUUUUAGUGCUGUGAACGCACCGCAUGUGUAUCUCACUGUAUCUGUCAUGACAGAAAAAAUAUGUGCUAUAUAUUAUUAAUAUUAUUAUGCCAAUGUAUGAUGAUAACUUAUUCUCUUGGUUCUGGCUUAUGUAAUUCUUUCGAUGUCAUAAACUGGAAAAUGUAAUGCUGUUGUUUAUUUGUUUGUGUUAUGAGUGUUUGUUAUAAUGUUUAUGCCAUAGCUGUGAUGUCCACAGCCCAUACAGUAGAAUGAAGCCAAACCACUAUUAUAAAUAUAUCCUACAUCAGAAACAUGCAUUUUUGUAUUAUAUAUCAUGAUCUCAAUGAAAAUAAAGACAAUUUAAGCACU